UCUUGUUUCCCAUAUUCCUUUGCUCUGUGACUAAAGUGAUGACUCAACAUCUAAAAGAAGCAAAACUUAAAAUAAGAAAAGAUGAAGUGAAGAAACGUGAGUCAAGUCGAGUGUUAGUUCAACAAGUCCCUGACUGCAAAUCUGUGUUAAGCCCCAUGUAUGAAUGAACAGGUUCUGGUAAAGAAUGGAGACCGAAUAUAUAUAUAUGUAUAUAUAUUCUGUAGUGGGUAUGGAAUAGAUGUCUGUAACCCUGUGGAGAAACCGUCAUUGAGGUCACAGGUCUUUAGAGGUUCACGUUAGUAUCUAUUUUCUCUGUGUCCUCAUAACUAUGGAAAGUCAAAUGUGUUUGUUUGAACUUCUCCCUCUCUCCGUCCCCCCUACACCCUCCUCUCUCCAUGUAUAUAAACAUUCCUGUCUGUCAUUCAUUCAUUAUCUGCUGAUCCUCAUGGUAAGUUCACUCUUUAUUGAUCUUUAUUCAAUGUCACAGGAACAGAUAAAUGUCAUAUAAAAUGUAUUGAUUGUGUUACAUUAUUUCAGACAGAGACGUCCCAUAAAUUUAGCACCUGUUUAUUUAUGUAGUAUAUAUAGUGUAUAUACCUGUUUAUUGCUAAACAAAAUAAUUAAAUCAGCCUUGUACCUUAUACAGCAGGUAUUGUAACAUACGUUACAUGGGGGUUUUGGUGGGUUUUUCUACCCUGGGGAUUGUUCUGUGGGCUGCUGUGAAUCAUUUUCAUGGAAAUUUAUGUUAAACUGGCACAGAUUGAGGCAUUGCAUAUUAUAUAUUUGUUUAUUCCAGUUUGAAAGUGUUGAACAUUUUUUUAAUUAAAAAAAUCUGAAUAUCUAUAAUGUAUAGUGAAAAUAUAUAUGUAUAUUAUAUAUUUUUCCACAAUUUUGUAAAUCCACGAUGAAUCUUUGUGUAAUAGUUGAACUGUAAUGUAUGUGUAUGUAUGUAAUGUAAUUUGCAUUAAGGUAAAACAAUUCAUUCAAGUAACAUUUGCUCAAACAAGUACAAAACUGUUAUAUUCCUGGGGUUACAGGUCGGCUGGUCAAAUGACUAGGAAUCAAAGAGGAUUCGUAUUAGCAAAUUAAUAUGGACCAGUGAUUCAAAAACUUUACUCACCACAUUCAACCUCAAGAAUAUUUGGCUCCAAAGUACCAGCAGAAUGAGGACCAUUAUAAUACUGCAUCACAGGCCUACCCUGUUCAUCCAAGGCCAGUAUUUGAUAAGAAAAAACAAAUCCAAAAUAAGAUUAGUAAACUAUUUGAAGUAAUACUACAGCCAAUACUUCAGUUCAAUUCUGAAACCACUCAGAUAACCUAAAUAGAAUAUAUAACGGCUGUCAUUAGCAUAGUGGCUCACCUAAUCCUAAUAAUAAGCAGACCUGCCAAGGUACCGCUAGAGGGCGCUCAGAUGACACCAGCAGUAUGCAUCAUAGUUUGGGAACCAUGUAUUUUGGAUUGUAAACUAAAAGAUACUGAAACUGGGUCAAAGGUUAAUGAAUGGAUUGGUGUCCAUGUCCCCUCCCAGAUGUGUGUGUCCAGGUGUCUGCAGUGUGUCGGCAGGUCUCUGGCUGUCCUGGCGCUCAUUUGCAUGUUGUCCAACGUCCUGCUCUUGCUUCCUCAGCUGAAGAUCCACUUCCUGUUGGAGGGUCAUGUGACAAGAGAGGCCACCUGGGCCACAGGCCUUUGGGCAUCAGGGCUCAUGGUUCUCUUUGGAGCACGUUCUAUCCUCUUCAGCAGCAGAACCAAAGGCUGUUGUGCAUUCAGAACCCAGAUGCUGCGACAGGUCCUGUCCUCCAGUCUUUGUCUUUUGGCUGCCUCCAUUUGUUGUCUUGUUAGUGUCACUGGUCUGGUCCAGGGUCCUCUCUGUCUAUACAAUGCCACCACUGGUCCAACUUGGGACGUCCCUCUUAAGCCGGACCCUGACAAUCUGACUCUGUACCUGUACAACAGGACUCUGUGGUCAGUUUGUCUUCAGCCUCAUUCCGUAGUGGAGUGGAACAUAGUUCUGUUCAGUGUGAUGGGAGUUGCCAGUUUACUGCAGGCUAUUCUUUGUGCUUCCAACGUUCUCAACUCCCUCCUGGGAAUGAUCGUGGGACCAGGGUUGUGCAAGAACCAGGUCUGCAAAAUAGUCCUGUUCAUGUGCCAGGAUGUUUUUUACUUUGUACUUUCAGGGGUAGAUGUGAAUGUGUGUUCUUUUCUGAAGCAGGAGAAUACACAGUAUUAGUUCAUCCACUGUAUAGCCUUUUUAAAUGGGCCAGUGGCCAAUAAAUCAAUAAAAGACAAAGCAAUAAUACAGAGAAAUAAAAUAAAAGACAGAAUAAAAGAAACAGUUGAACCUGACUAGCUGACCUAAAACAGGACUUAAUUAUGUAGCUCAAUUUCCUCAUUCAAAUGACAAUAUCUGCCCAACCCUAACCUCCUCACUCUGCUGAUUCACUGUGCUUUAUUGGCUUUAUCCACAGCCAAAUACAUUUGUUCCGUAGUCAGGACCAGGAUCAAUGAUCAGGGGUUUUAAUUGUAUGAAUACAUGUCCCAUCAACUGAGCUACUUCAUUAAUUAUUAUUGUUAUUGUGUGUGUGUUUUACAGGUCACUCCAACCCCACCCCCUCAGGGACCCUAAAUGAUGUCACCAAAUGAAUUUUGUCAUUGGAUCACUUUGUUAUGUUUUGACAGCACUUGUGCACUUUAUGAAUAUAAAACAAACAUAUAGUUAUGCAGAUCUGACCCACUUAAUCAGUUCUUCAUCAGAUCUUUGUCAGGAACAGAAUAGAAUCCUCUCCAUAAGCUUUACUUUACCUUUUUGUAACUUCUGGGUUUCAGCAGCUGAUAGUUGUCUGGUUGUCCAAUACUGUAAAUAAUGACUCUGUUUUCUGGCCUCUUGUGGUCACUUAAAAAAUAGAGCAUAUACUCUUAUUUAAAGUUCUUAUUUAGAUUAUUUAAUGAAAUAUAAGUCCAAAUGGGCCAUUGUUCCACUACUAUUUUCUAUUUAUCCUAAUCUUGUAAGUAUUUUUGUUGUUGUGUUUUUCGGCUUAUGUAAAAAAAACCCAAAUGUUCUGGUAUUAGAAUGGUUAUUUUUGAAUGUUUAAAUAAAUGUGUAUGCCUCGACUCUAGUGUUUAUUUUACUUCGUUUACUAGACAGAACAUGUUUUUUUGUCUAACAAUAUUUAUUAAACCAGUAAUGAAGCUUCUACUGCAGCUAGAUAUGUUUAAAGUUGUUUUUUACUUAUUUUUCUUUCUCUUUUUUUAACUUGCUGUGGAAAAUGUAUGUAUGUAUGUCCGUUUCUGUAUAUGUUUUAUGUACCACUGUGUGGGCGUUUUUAUGUAUGUUGGGUAUUUUUUGCUUGGGUGUGAGUGCAUUUCUUUGUGUUCUUUUAAUAUGCGUCUUUCUCCCUCUCUCUCGUCACUCAAUUUUCCUGUCAUAA